AUGACAACGGCACAGUUCUCCAUUCAACUAGCCUCCCCAGCAGAGGGCCCCAUUCUCGGCAAAAUAAGCAGGGACUCCUUUCUAAAUGAUCGCCACACUCAAAUGAAAGGACUAGGAAAGGACCCGUACGACCUCGAAAAGUCAAUGACUGCAUAUCUUUCCCAACAAGCAGUGUCACCGAGAACCGUUCUUCUCAAAGCAGUAGACAACGAAACAGGCGACAUUGCCGGCUGGGUCUUGUGGGGCUUUCGGGGGUUCGCGGUUGAAGAAACUGCAGAGAUACGGGACGCUGUUCCAUAUGCAGCAACACAAUUCACGUCGUCAACCCCGGCACAAACCACGGGCAAGACCGCUCCCAAAGACCAAACCAAGAAAGUCGACAUCGAUGAUAACGACCCAAUCAAGCAGCUCGAAAAGAUGACCGACGCAGACAUGAAAUCCUGGAUGACGAGGCUGAUGCCCGAUGGCACCAAAUGUAUGUAUGUCAGCUCUCUUUGUGUGGCACCCAAAUGGCAGUCCAAAGGAGUCGGAUCGACGCUAUUGCAAUGGGGCACAAAGACGGGAGACGCAGCGGGAGUUUUUAUAUGGGUGCAUUCAUCGGCGGAUGCAUGGGAGAUGUACGCAAAAUAUGGGUUUAAGAUUAUUGGGACACUUGAUGUGGACUUGGACCAGUAUGCUCCAGCACCGGCACCAGAUAACAAUGGGAAAUGGGGUCACUAUGUGUUUCGGUAUAUGAAGAGAGAGCCAUCUGAGGAAUGA